CAUCCGUUCUUAAACUCUGGACAUCAAUAUGUUAAAAAAAGAAUUAAAUGUCAAGAGUCGAACAAAAGCCAACUGAACUGCAAGCAGCAAAACCCGACUUUAUUCGACUAAAUCCAAACCAGAGACAGAGGAGAACGUUUCCAGCAGCAGAAGCACCACAGUCUAAGACAUCAGCAAAAUCCCGUACCCAACGCGAGAUUUUUGAAGUUUGCCCAGCAACCGUUCGGGAAGGCUGGCCAUGGCGGUUCUCUUUCUCUUGGCAGCUUUGCUGCAAGAGCCAGUCUCAAGUACCUUGUACGGACCCAGGUUUCUGAUGGGUGAGGUUGGAGGAUCGGUCACCCAUCAGUGCUUCUACUCCAUCACGCCAGCCAACAAACACGACCGAAAAUAUUGGUGCAAAAUAGCAAGAAGCGGCAUUUGCUACACCGUCAUUUCUACAACCGGCUACACCUUGAAGAGCCACGUGGGCCGAGUGUCUCUUGAGGACACCCCCCAGAAUGGCACCUUCGCAGUGACGAUGACAGAGCUGAAGAAGAACGACACGGGCACCUACCGAUGUGGCAUCGGCACCACCAACAGAGACCUGUACGUCAGCCUGACCCUGACGGUUUUGGCAGAUGCCAGUGAUUUGGGGCCGACUGAGCUCAUCCAUGGGGAGCUCCGUGGCUCCGUCACCAUCCUGUGCCCACCUGGGGACACCCACAGCAUCGAGAAGAGGUUCUGGUGCAAACUGGGGAGAAACGGCUGCGCUCUCAUCGCCGACACCAAUGGCUACGUGGGGAAGAGUUACCAAGGGCGAAUCUUUAUCACCCCUCAGGAGAGCUCUGGAGCUUUCAAAAUCUUGAUAAACGACUUAAAAAAGGAAGACUCAGGGCUGUACAGGUGUGGGACGGGAAGGCUUAGCGGCCCGGACAGCCGGCGGGUGGUGGCUCUGCAGGUGACGGCAGCCUCCACCCUCCCCAAGAGACCCAAAUUUCUGAGCGGCACGGUCGGAGGCUCGCUGUCCUUCAAGUGCCACCACGAUCCCAAGGGGAACUACGAGAAGAAGUAUCUGUGCAGGUGGAAGGCAGCUCGCUGCGCGCUGCUUGCGGAUGCGGACGGGUUUGUGCACGAGUCGUACAAAGGGCGAAUACAAAUAGCCAGCAGCAACCAGGAAAAUGGGAGCUACACGGUGGUGAUGAGGCACCUGAGAGAGGAGGAUGCGGGAUGGUACUGGUGCGGGGCUAAAAACGGGCACACAGAGCACACAUCCUCCGUGAAGCUGCACAUCCACAAGGAAGCCUGCACUUCACAAGACCCAGAAACAACCACUCUUGUGAAACCCACUUUAUCAUCAAGCCCGGCCGCCUACAGCACGCCCGCGCAGAGGAGCAUCACGGGCCUGACGUACACCGCGGGCACCGUCACCGAGAGCACCAGCACCCUGCUGCCCGCUGCCGCCCCCGGCACCUCUGUAACCUCCCCAGGCAAAAUCUAUCAUGAGAGCUCAUCAGGUGAAUCACGUCUGCUCCCAGUUGUGUUACCAGCUCUCAUUUUACUGAUUUUCAUCACUAUCACAAUUCCCGCCCUGACCAAAAUAAAGCUUCAAAAGGAGACGGGAGAAGGAAGAAUCGCCGCGGGAAACCUGGAAGCGGCACCAAUUCCGUCUGCCCUGAACCCUGUGAAAGAGCAAACGAUGGAGGAGACCCCGAGCCCAGAGAAGGUGCAGGGCGCAGGACAGCCCCUGGCAAACGUAGCAAGCCUAUGGGGAAAAAAAUACUUUUCAAGAUGACCGAUGAAGUCUUGAGGCACAACCCCCUUCCUCCAAAGCCCCCGUGUACACAAGCUUGGAAUUUUCCCUACGGAACGCCAAGGCACAGCUAUAAACUGCCAAGCGCCCAGCACCACUUGUUGCUCAGAAGCCAAGCGCCCUGUGUCCGGAGCCAAAUCCCUGUGGGUUGCCCAAAUGCCGCUCGCUACGUGGUUUGUAGAAGAGAAAAUAAACUAACGCGCCUGUAAUAGAGCUAUUUGUGUGCAACCUUGCGGAGACAGAGCACCCCGAGGGAAAGGCA